GUGCGUGCGUUUGUGUUUGUGUGUAUCGCAUCUUGUGUAGAGACGUGCGGUAGAAAUACAACGCUCCGUUUGUUUGAAUCUGUAGCAUCUAGUGUUUUCUGAUUCGAAAGAGAGGAAAAUAACCUGCUGGAUUGUAUGAUCCAUUUUGAUUAUCGAUUUUCCCAGAAUUCAUAAACCUAUUUUUCUCUCUCUCCUCUCAGCGUCAGCCUGCCUAUAUUUGUGAGGGGUGGGGGUUCAAAGUAUAUUUUCGAGGGAGAACUCAAAAAAAAGUGUAGGUUCUUACGUUAGAGUGGAGGAAAAGUUUCCGUUGGAAAGGAUUAUGAAGAGCGAGCCGCGCGGCUGAGAGACAGGUGACUGAAGACGAGUCUGACUGCUACAAUCCUCUAGGAGGCCUCUGAAUCUCCCUCCUCCCCGUCACGCUAUCCCCCUUCCUCCCCCUCUCCCAGCAUGGAUCUAAAGGACCGUCGGGGGCAGCAGCAGCACCAGCAGCGCUCCCUGACCAGGGCUCGGUGUGGUAAAGACCCCCAGUACAUCGCAUCUUCCCUGGACACAGAGGAGUGCCGCGUGCCCACCCAGAAGUCCUACAGCUCCAGUGAGACACUCAAGGCCUUCGACCACCACGACCAGAGGCUGGUCUACGGGGGCUGCACUGUGGCUGAUCUAGUGCACCACAAGGCGGAUGAGUACAACAGGCAAGGUGGGUGUCUGGACCAGGCCUCCAUGAGGUCUGGAUGGUUCCUCCCCAUGUGUCUGGACUGGGCCUCCAUGGAUGGGUAUGGUUGCUCCCCAUGUACCGAACAUGCAUAG